AGUUUAGUCUCCGGUUUCGUCAAAAGUGCUCAUGCGGAACCUUUUUGAGAUGAGACGUGAUUUCAGUCCGGACGAAUAUCCACAGCGCCCCAAUAAACAUGGCUGACAUUCCAAGUGAUGCGCCACAGCACUGCCCCGGGACGGCCAGUGAGCAGGCAGGGAAGACGUCAGCAUGUCAGGGUUGUCCCAACCAGAACCUCUGUUCCUCUGGAGCCACUAAAGCACCAGACCCAGCUAUAGAGGAGAUAGCAGAGAAGAUGUUAACAGUGAAACAUAAGAUCUUGGUCCUGUCAGGGAAAGGAGGUGUAGGGAAGAGCACCUUCAGCGCACAUCUGGCCCACGCACUGGCUAGUGACGCCACUAAAGAGGUUGCUCUCCUAGAUGUGGACAUCUGUGGUCCGUCUAUCCCCAGGAUCAUGGGUCUGGAGGGAGAGCAGGUCCAUCAGAGUGGUUCCGGCUGGUCUCCUGUGUAUGUAGAGGA